AUGGCGGCCCCUUUCAGGUACUUGCUGCUCUUCACUGGAUUUUCAGCUUGUGCUCAGUUUGAUUCAGGCGCACUGGGCGGCUUUGUCGACUACCUUCGGAACGACCUCGGCUUCAGCACGCAGGACAUCGGCCUUGUGAAUGCCAUGGAAUAUGUUCUACUUCCGCUCGCCUCGCCGCUGAUCCCUUGCCUCUUCAAGUUCCUGAAGGUCAAGAUUGUUCUCCUCCUAUGUCUUGCUGGAAACAUGCUCGGGGUUUGCGGCCUUGCCGCGGGGCCAUGGAUGCAGCAGUCUGGAGACUCCGCCUUCACGCUGUUCCUGGUCUCAAGGGCCGUCUCGGGGAUGUGCCACGCCGGAAUCGCCGUCUACGGCAGCGUCUGGGUCGAUCUUCAUGCUCCAAAGGAUCAGGCAGCUUCAUGGCUGGGCGCCAUGCAGGCCAGCUCCUUGGUGGGCCUCGUCAUCGGUUACAUCAUCGCAGGCUACUCCAAGGAUUGGGUAGCUGUCUUCUGCUUGAACCUCCUGUGGUUCGCGGCAACGUUCUUGUGGUUGGCAUGCGCUGCGCCAGAGCACAUCGGCAACACCACCGCAGUCGCUGGCGGUCAUCGAACAGAGUCGCGCGUACGGCUAUCCUUUGUUUCUGUUCCCUCUGGAAGCUUUGUCAACCAGGCAGAUUGGAGUGAAGAAGGCCCAGACGCCCAGACAGAGGAUCCGGCAGCCCAUCUAGUUGGCUCACGCUCUGAGACUGAGACUGGGGCACCAGUGGAGAAUCUUCCGGUCUAUGCUCUCAUGGCCCUUUGCGUGUCCUCCCUGUUCUUUGUCUCUGGAGGAUUGCAAUUCUGGGCGACACCCUACAUGGAACAGAUCAGGCUCAAGGAGAUCUCCCCAUCAAGGUCUUGCACCGUCGAUGUUCAGAAAGAUAUUCACAACCUCGUGGUCACUCUGGUAGCUGUGAUCACGCUCACCGCCCCCACCUUCGGAGUGUUCCUCGGUGGCAGUGCAGUCGACAGCAUCGGCGGCUACAGGGGCAAAUCCGGGCGAAAGGCCCUGCAGCUGCUGGCAGGAGGUGCUGCCAUGGCCAUGGCAUUCGGUGCCGUCGCCUGCUUCUCCACCAACUUCUGGCUGGCCGUGAGCUGCUUCUGGAUCUUCAACAUGUUGGGGGCUGCGCUGCUGCCCGGGGCCUUUGGCCUCAUGCUCAGUGCGGUGAGGCCGCAGCGGACCUCCGCAGCCUCGGCCAUCGCGCAGAUCCCCAUCAACCUGAUUGGAAUGGCAGGAGGAGCGUACAUUCCUGGCUGGCUGACGGGAUGCAACACAGAAGAGCUGCCAAACGUGCGGAUGUGCGAUGCAGAUUGCGAUUUCGCGCUCGGCCUCCGCUCGCUGUUGCUGGGUCCUGUUUUCGGCUUCCUGGCCCUCAUCCUUGCCCUCUGCCUCUACCGCGGCCCUUCCGAGCCGGCAGCAGAUCGGCCACCCGGUGGCAGCGAGUGCGCGCUUGGGGUUCAAGUUCAGGAUUGA